UCAGAAUCUCUGGGAUUUACUACCAGAUCGGAUUUCAGGACUUGUACAACAGAGAGAACCUCCAGGAGGCACUUACCUGAAAUCUACAUCACUGCUGCGCUUUGGUAGUACCAUGGCAACAUCCGCUGACCUCUCCAAUCUAAAAGGUCAACUUCAUGUCAGAGCUAAAGGUCAUGACAAGUGUCCCAGCCACAAGAAAAACCAAGUGGUAUUUUUAUGUCAGGACUGUGACCUCCUGAUUUGUACUACCUGUUCUAUUAAAACACAUAAGACUCAUAAUAACAGUUUCGUCGAAAUUUCAGAAACUACUCAACAGAACAAAAAUAAAGUUCGGGACUUUGUUUGUGAAAAUGAGAACAAAAGAAUUCCGAAACUUCAUGUGGAAAAGAAAUCAGCCGAGGAACGUCUUUCAACUUUAAAAUCUAAAUACAAAAACAUUCGUGAUCAAAUGAAAUUAGAACGAGAUCAAUGUAAAGAUUUAUUAGAUAGAAUAACAGAGGAUUACCUAACAUCAUGUGACAAGAUGGAGGACGCAGAAACUGAGCUACUUACGUCACAUAUCACAGACCUUGACGAGAGGAUAGACACUUUGGUGAAACUUUCAUCAGAGUGUAAGCAGACCCUCCAGACAGGAACUGAUGUACUAGUGUAUGACUCGGCAACAGAAGUCCGGGACAUGGACAUCAACAUCCCACGGAUACCCGACACAGGUAUGAUAGAGUUUACUCCAAGUAAGGACAAGCUAAGUCACCUGAAGCAGGCCAUGGGGGUGAUAGAGACAUCUACUGACCAUCUCCGGGCAGUAUCAGCAACUGGUGGUCAUUAUAACCGAGGUCCAGUAGUAAAACAAAACCAGUCUACAGAGUUAGGCCAAACGUCCACUAAGGCUGUACAGCACUUUAAACUGUGUAAUAGUCCAACGAUUAUAUCAAAGUUCUCAUACAGGGAUAAGAUCUCAUCAGUCUGUCCUAUAACGGAGGGACGUGCCUGGCUGUGUAAUAUAAAAACCAGUACACUAAAUCUCAUCAACAACAAAGGGGAAGUCUUACAGCAGAUACAACACAACAGUAACAUCAGAGACAUCAGUCUAGAUCCCAUCACAGGUUGUCUGUGGUUCUGUUGUUUCGAGGAGAGGACUAUCUAUGAAGUAUCUACAUCAUCUACGCCUGUCAGAAGAUUUACUACAGAGUAUUACCCACACAAACUGUCUGUGACCAGGGAGGGACGGGUUGUGGUGGGUACAGGGGGAAGACAGGGGUACAAGGUAGUGAUAUACACAACAGGUGGUCAGGUGUUACAUACAGUCAUUGUAGAGAGGUCAGGGUCGGGUGGGGUACGAUCCAUCACACAGUGUCCUGUUACAGGUAACAUAGCUGUAAUGAGUUGUAAACUAAUCAGUGAAGACGGCAGUGAUCCAGACAACUACACGUGUCACAUCAUUGUGUAUAACCCAACACUCCAGCCUCUGGUCCACUACCGUGGGGAGGGGAUACAGACACAGGAGACGGUCACACCUGACAAGUUUCAUCCGAUCACAGUGGUAUACGACAGUAAGGGUAAUAUUGUUAUUCCUGACUGGAACAGGAAAACAAUAGAACUAAUAACUGGAGAUGGGAAGUACAUAAAAACACUCCACACAAACAAAGGACAACAAGGAGUAGUAGGUAUACAGAGUGAUGAUGUGUUGUGGUCACGCGUAGUGUUAGAUACUGGAGAGACGGGAUUCAAACUCCUCAAGUAUUAUAGUGACUAA